AUGGGUCUAUCUACAAGAGGACGUUUACAAAAUGCCUUCCUACAUGGCUAUCUACAAGAGGACGUUUACAUGACCCAGCCCCCUGGCUUCGUCGAUUCCUCUCGGCCCUCCUAUGUCUGUAAGCUUCACAAGGCACUUUAUGGCCUCAAACAAGCACCCCGUGAUUGGUUUCAACGCAUGAGUUCUUUUCUGCUUUCUGUUGGUUUUCACCAUAGUAAAGCUGAUUCAUCCUUAUUCAUCUAUCAACAUGGCCUGCAUGUGAUUUUCUUCUUACUCUAUGUUGAUGAUAUUGUUGUCACGGGCAGCAGUGACCGGCUUCUUCAAAGUUUUAUCGAUGCCUUGGGCCGUGGAUUUGACAUUAAGGAUCUUGGUCCCCUACACUAUUUCCUUGGUUUACAGGUCACACCUCAUUCCAAUGGCCUCCUCAUCAAUCAACUCAAGUAUGCUCAUGACAUUUUAAAGAAGCAUGAUCUGUUACACAAUCAACCAGUGAGCACCCCAAUGUCAGCUAAGACUGUUCUCACCACACAUGAUGGGGACCUUCUUGCAAAUCCCACUGUUUUUCGUGAGAUGGUUGGCUCACUGCAGUACCUCACUAUUACACGGCCUGACAUUGCCUUUGCUGUCAAUUCUGUGUCCCAAUUUAUGAGUCAUCCUCGUGCUCCCCAUCUCAUUGCUGCCAAACGUAUUCUCCGCUAUUUCAAAGGCACUCUGGGCCAUGGUCUCUCUUUCAGUCCUCAGUGCCAUCCUGUCCACCUAUCUGCUUACUCUGAUGCCGAUUGGGCCGGUUGUCCUGACUCUCGCCGUUCCACUUCCGGCUAUCUCAUUUACCUUGGCAAUACACUUAUCUCUUGGUGUUCCAAAAAGCAGCCUACCAUUGCUCGCUCCAGUGCAGAAUCUGAAUAUCGAUCCCUUGCUCAUGCUAGUGCUGAGACAACUUGGUUAGGCUUCUUACUGUAUGAGCUUGGUGUCCAUAUUCAGUACCCCAUUCUGCUUUACUGUGAUAAUCUCAGUGCCACAUACAUGGCUUCUAAUCCGGUCUUCCAUGCUCGCACCAAGCACAUAGAGUUAGAUUAUCACUUUCUUCGGGAAAAGGUAGCCCUUGGGAGUCAUCAGGUUCAUUUUAUCCCUUCCAUAGAUCAACCUGCUGACCUUCUUACUAAACCACUCCACAAGCAGCGCCAUACUCUCCUGUGUACCAAACUUGUGCGUCCCGAGCCGCCCAGUUUGAAGGGAGGUGUUAGCGACAUUAACUCCUUGCCUCAAUCAAGCGUGAUCUCUUCCCCAAAUCAAGCUCAUGAACACUAA